AUGGAGACUAGAGUGUUGGUGUGGCUCGACAGACAGCCGAGCCUAAGUGUUGUUUUUUUGUGCUUUGGAAGCUUAGGUCGUUUAUCUGUAGAACGGCUGAAGGAAAUCGCUGUGGGGUUGGAGAGAAGUGGCGAAAGGUUUUUAUGGGUGGUGAAGAAUCCACCUCACUUUGACGACGCCGAUUUCAAUUCGAUUUUCCCAGCAGGGUUCUUGGAUCGAACCAAGGAAAGAGGAUUCAUCGUCAAGUCCUGGGCUCCGCAGGUGGAGAUUUUGAAUCAUGAAUCGGUGGGUGGAUUCGUGACUCACUGCGGGCGGAACUUGGUGCUUGAAGCAGUUUGUGCUGGUGUUCCAAUGGUGGCAUGGCCUCUCUACGCUGAGCAAAGAUGCAACCGGAUAUUGCUGGUGGAAGAAAUCAAAAUCGCUUUACCGAUGAUGGAGUCGACUGAAAACGGGUUUGUCAGUUCAAGUGAAGUGGAGAAGCGAGUUAGAGAGUUGAUGAACUCGGACGAAGGUAACUCAGUUAGGAGAAAGACUCAGGGCAUGAAAGAUGAAGCAAAAGCAGCAUCGAAUGAAGGCGGGCCCUCUUGUGUGGCCAUAUUCAAAUUGUUUGAGUCAUGGAAGCUAAAAAAAUGAGUUCGUUAUGACUUGAUACAUAACUCAUUCUGUAUUGGUGGAUUGGAAUUCUAUGGUUUUGGAAUUUUAAUUUGUUAAUAUAAAAAAAAUUUUAAAAAUAAUAAAAUUGAAUAAUUUUAAAUUAAAAAUAAAAUAAUACAUAAUGAUAUAUCA